AUGGUGGCCGGCAGAGUCAAGGCGGCCAUGGGCUUCCAGCGCAGCCCGGCCACGCCCAAGUCCACCUCCACCUCCACCUCCUCCGCGCGCAAGCCGGCGGCACACGCACCGGCGCCAUCCCCACUGCAGCAACCCGCCACAUCAACGGCGCCGCGGCCGGAGACGACCCCGCGGCGGCGGCCCUCGGGCUCGCCCGCGCCGCCGCCCGGCUCGGGCGCCAAGACGACGUCCUUCGCGCGCUCCUUCGGGGCCUACUUCCCGCGCUCCUCCGCGCAGGUGCAGCCGGCGCGCGCGGCGUCCGUGCCGUCCACGGGGCCGGAGGCCGCCGAGCUGGCGCGCCUCGUCGAGGAGCUGCAGGAGCGGGAGUCCCGCCUGCGCACCGAGCUGCUGGAGCACAAGAUCCUCAAGGAGACCGUCGUCAUCGUGCCCUUCCUCGAGACCGAGCUCGCCGCCAAGAGCAGCGAGCUCGGCCGCUGCAGGGACGCCUUGGCCAGGCUCCAGGCCGACAACGCCCGGCUCAAGGCCGAGCUCGAGGCCUCCGUCGCGACUGUUUCCAGCAAGGAGCAGAGGAUUGCGGAGCUCGAGAGGCAGCUGGCGGAGGCCGCGAGGCCGCAGCGAGGCGCCUCCGACGAUUGCUCGUCGUCGGACAACUCCAGGAGCCGCCCCAAUGCGGAUAGCGACCCCGCCAAGCCGGCGUGCAAGUCCGUUCCUCCUCCUCCUCUUCCGCCGCCGCCCCCGCCGCCAAUGCCGGCGUCCGCGAAGAGCAAGUCGUACUUCUCCGGCUCGUCCCGCGCCUCGCCGGCGAGCUCCGGCUCGUCGGCCUCGUCAACCACGUCCUGCUCCUCCGACACGGCCGCAUCAACGGGCCGUAAGCCGGACCUCUGCAAGCUCCCACCGAUCCCGCCCCCGCCGCCGCCGCCUCCACCGUCAAUGCCGGCAAAAAGAUCCCGCAGCGCGAGCUCGUCGCCGUCGGCCUCAAGCGGUGGAGGCAGCAAACGCGCCGCCGGGCCUCCGCCGCCGCCGCCUCCCCCGCCGCCCCCGUCCGGCCCGUGCGUGCGGCGCGUCCCCGAGGUGGUGGAGUUCUACCACUCGCUCAUGCGGCGGGACUCCAAGCGGGACGGCGGCGGCGGCGGCUCCGACGCAGGGCCUAGCGGCUCCGGCGCCGCGAACGCCAGGGACAUGAUCGGGGAGAUCGAGAACCGCUCCUCCCACCUUCUCGCGAUCAGAUCAGACGUGGAGAGGCAGGGCGACUUCAUCCGGUUCCUCAUCAAGGAGGUGGAAAGCGCCGCGUUCGCAGACAUCGAUGACGUCGUCACCUUCGUCAAGUGGCUCGACGUCGAGCUCUCACGCCUGGUGGACGAACGGGCGGUGCUCAAGCACUUCGACUGGCCGGAGCAGAAGGCGGACGCGCUCCGGGAGGCGGCCUUCGGCUACCGUGACCUGAAGAAGGUUGAGGCGGAGGUGGCGUCAUUCUGCGACGAUCCACGGCAGAACUGCUCUUCUGCUCUCAAGAAAAUGCAGGCACUCUUCGAGAAGUUGGAGCAUGGGGUGUACAGCCUUGGGCGUGUGCGUGAUGGUGCGAUGAACCGCUACCGCGGGUACCAGAUCCCAUGGGAGUGGAUGCAGGACACUGGAAUCGUCAGUCAGCUCAAAAUCCAGUCGGUAAAGUUAGCAAGGAAGUACCUCGGACGGGUCUCUGCCGAGCUCGAGGCCACACAAGGUGGCCCCGAUGAAGAGGAGCUCAUGCUCCAGGGAGUCCGGUUCGCCUUCAGAGUUCACCAGUUCGCAGGAGGAUUUGAUGGUGACACGAUGCGCGCCUUCCAGGAGAUCAAGGAGAAGGCGUCCGCGCUCCAGUCGCAGCGGGAUCAGCAGCAACUGCAACAGCAAAGGCUCGCCGCUGGCAGAAGCUGA